CACAGGGGUGUGUUUUCUUUCUCUCACGCCUUUCUCACACACCGGGAAUUAACGCGCAGACGGGGGGAAUACCGAGCAGUAAAGGAAGGAGAAAAGAAAGGAAAAGUAUAAAGGUGAAGAGGAGAAAUGAAGGAUAAAAAGCGGGUGAGCUGAGGCACUGAAGGGUCUGGAUGUGGAGUCUUAGAGAGAAUAUCACACACACACACACACACACACACACACUGAUACCACGACUCGGAUGUGAUUCCACCACUGAGAGAGAGUGCGCGUGAGAGAGCGCUAUGGAGAGACGGGACACUGAGGGAAGUUCGGUGAUUCGUUAGCACACUGAGCUAACAGCGGCACCGUGACGGGAGCGUGAGAGAGCAAAAUGUGAUGUUGGAUGAAAAUACGGAUCUCACAUACAUCUGGAUUCUCAACAGCUGCUUUUAAAGUGUGUUUAUUACUCACACACACACACACACGAAUGCACACACAUGCAGAGCUCAGAUAGUUUUCUCAUACUGACACCCUGAGUGAGUGAUGUUGGCGUCUUCACCCUGCUCUGAUCAGACUCGCUCAUCCAGACAAUCAGACGUCUCCCCGUGCCUUCACUGACUCUCGCUCGCUAAUCAGAAGCAACAUGGCUGAUCAGAGCAACAUCCAGUGCGCCGCUUCCAAAAGCAUCCGGCCCUUCAAGUCGAGCGAGGAGUACCUGUACGCCAUGAAGGAGGACCUGGCCGAGUGGCUGAACGCCCUGUAUGACCUGGACAUCACGGCCGACACCUUCAUGGAGAGCCUGGAAACAGGCUGCGCCCUCUGUCGCCACAGCAACAGCGUGAACCGCGCUGCACUCGAGUUCCUUUCCCAGCACCCGGAUUCGACGCUCCACACUCCCAAACGGGAUGUUGCAUUCCAGGCGCGCAACGUGGCUCCCGGGUCGUUCCUAGCCCGCGACAAUGUUUCCAACUUCAUCGGCUGGUGCAGGCACGAGCUCCGCGUCAAGGACGUACUCAUGUUCGAGACUAACGACCUGGUGGAGCGCUGCAACGAGAAAAACUUCGUGCUGUGCCUGCUGGAGGUGGCGCGCCGAGGGGCCAAGUUCGGCAUGCCUGCCCCCAUGCUGGUGCAGCUCGAGCAGGAGAUCGAGGAGGAGAUCCGUGACCAGGAGAAGCUCCAGGAGAAGCUCCAGGAGAAGCUCCAGGAGAAGCUCCAGGAAAUCGCGGACAAGCCGAGCAGCAGGACAAGGUUCCAUCAGGACAAAAGAGACAGCGACUCUGAGCCGGAGCUCGUCAACAGCUGGGCACAGCAGAAAAGGAUCCUGUGUGACAUGCGCAACCUGGACGAGCUGGUACGGGAGAUCCUCGGCCAGUGCUCUUGCCCCGCCCAGUUCCCCAUGACCAAAGUCUCAGAGGGAAAAUACAAAGUCGGCGACUCCAGCACACUCAUCUUCAUCAGGGUGUUAAGAGCCCAUGUGAUGGUGCGUGUAGGCGGAGGUUGGGACACGCUCGAGCAUUACCUCGACAAGCACGACCCCUGCCGCUGCAGCGCCUACAGUCACCGCUAUCACCAGGGUAAAGCCAGCGGUCAGGCCCCUCACAGUAAGAACUCGAGUGCCCACUCGUCCCGCUCGGCCAGCCCAGGGCCGCAUUACCGCCCUCCGGAGUGGCGCCCCCUGGAGCCUUCUGCACCCUGCGCCCCCUCCUCUUCCUCGUCGUCCUCCCCCAGACUUACCAGGGCCAGCCUCCGGGACAUGGAGCAGAACCGGGGCAGGAUGAACGGCACGCUGCUGCCCAAACCACCCCGGGACAGAUCAGAGUCACACCAGUUUAACCCCAUCAGGAAUAAGGAAACGCUGUCACCUUUGACACGCCGUCUCUCUGGAGACAGCGACUCCUCCACUGCCUCUUCUAAAGGUGGUGGAGGAACAGGACGAGGUCCAGGAGGAGGACGUUUGUCUUUAGGAUCCCGCCGCACUAACGGAGAAGAGAUGGUCUUCAUGGUCAACAGAAAAGAAGGCAAGCAUGAGAUCGAACGAACAGGGGACGGGUCUGGACAUGCGCCCGCUCUGCACCCUCCUCAACCCCGAACUCGUAGCACGUCCAGAGAACGUCCUGCACCUGCUCCGUCCUCCCCGGGUAAAAUGAAGCCCUGUCCGCCCCCAGGCAGCUCCACACGCUUCGAGAGGGGGCGAUCGUUGGGGCCGGAUGGACCACGGAGGCACCAUGCGUCCCGCUCCCUCAGCCAGGGCAAAACUCCGCAGCGCGGGCGCGCAAGCGAUGGUACGCCGGCUUCCCCUCGCCACAGAGACGCCCAAGACGACUCAAGAUCCAAGCAGGCACCUCCAGGUUCUCCUAGACUAAGCAGCGGCUUCUCUAAAAGACAAAUGCCUUCAUCAGCUACUAGCUCACCUGUUAAAGGGGUCACUGGAAGUCCGGUGAAGAAGAGCACAGUGGUCCCGCGACCUCCUGCCCCACGCUCACCCUCUGUGGGCAGUCGGAGGUUGCUGCCCCCUAUCUCACAGCCAGGGCGGCGCUCUCCACACUCGACGCCAAGGUCUGCACCGAGGUCACCUCAACACCACCCGCCUCGAUCACCGCGGGCAUCAGGAAGGCCAACUCAGAGAGGAUGGGGCCACCAAAAUCAGCCAGACCCUCAGAAAGACAUAGGGAUUGGGUUCAGCCUACGCGCCAUACCCGCUCUGGAUCCACAACGUGAGCUGGAGCUCUAUCGCAGUUUUGAGGCUGAGUUUCUGGCCAACACGGGCCAGACCAGAGUGCCUGAGACAACGGAAUCAUCAGUGCAGCUCACAGGCUCUCAGCAGGGCUUCAGGCCACCAGGUGACACCAACGUAGCAGAUUCAGCCUACUCGUCCUCUAACUCCUCCUCCUGCUCCCUGAAUGUUGGGGGAAAAGUGGGAAUCCUGCCUGACCUGCGUGAGACGAGACGCAGUAACGGCAUCCGGAGCUGCGCUCUGGAAGAUCCUCCAACCUUACUGCACAGUCAGACUCGAGCCGGGCUUCCCAACGGAGGCUUCCGGAAACUUCCUGCCAUCUCCAGCUCCCUGGAGGAAGGAGAUCCAGGAUCCCACUCUAACCACGUUCACACUGGUCUUCAAAUAAACGGUGAUCUUCGGGGGUUUCCGCACUCUGUCGUGCCCAUGGAGGCUCAGGCAGAUUGGACGUGUUUGGAAGGAGACGUCCCUUCGCGCGAUCACGACCCAGAUCUACCCUAUGACCAGGGUCUACCUAAUAACGUCCCGCUUCCAGACUCCUUCCCAUCACCAGAGGACGACUGCUACAACGACUCCUCCAGCGAGAGCUCUUCCAUGUGUCUCAGCCUGAGCGAGCCGGUUUCUGAAGGUUCCUGCAGCCCCCCAUCGUCUGUCGCUAAUGGAGACACUGAUGGCACCGUGGUCCUCAGGGCCAAGAGGGGGCAGAAGAAGGCGGAAAGGGUACCUUCCAUAUACAAGCUCAAAUUACGGCCAAAGAUACGGCCUCGCACGGACAACAGGCCAGAGAACAGUCCGUCACGCAUCCCAACGCCGCUUAGCUACCGAGAGCUUCAGCAACAGAACACUUCCGGAAAUCUGACGCCCCCAAACGCGCGCAAAAAUCUGAACCAAGCCCUCGGCAACGUCAUGCGCCAACAACGGCGCUCGGCUAGCGUCGGAUCCAGGGAGCGAUCAUUCUCUCCGGAGGACCCGGAUGCCUGGAUGUGAUCUGGACUAAACGUUGGAUGAUGUGUGGAUACUUCCCACUCUUCCUGAUGUUUCCACGACCCCUCAUGCACCUUUUGAAGAAUUAUAUAACUAUAACUACAGGAGGAGGUCUGGAAGCUGCGACUCUCAUCUCGCCCUGACGCCUGUUAGCAUGAGCUUAAGUGGAAGCAUGUCACAAAUCUCUCACAGUCCGAGCCUGGACUUUUCCCCCCCAAAAAAACAGUACUACCAAAGGAUGUAUUUACUUCAGCACGUUACACAACCUUUUUCUUUUUUUUUACUUUAAGAUUGAGAAUGUUUAUACAUCUGCUGUUGAAUAUUCGCGUCUUCCCCGUGAAACGUUCCGGCUAAAGCAGGCUGUGUGGAC